AUGGGCUGUGCUUACGAGAGCGUCUUGGCGUCCUUAGGACGCACAGGUGAGCUGUGCGAGAGCGUCUUGGUGUCCUUAGGACGCGCAGAUGAGUUGUUCUCCAAAUCGCGUGGCAGCUCGUUCAGUAUUGAUGCGGAAACACUUGUCUGCAACGCUUUGACCGACUGGAAUGUGAAGAAGGGCGACAACGCUACGCGCUUUAGCUACACCACAGUGCGCUCGAUCGCGGAUCUAUAA